AUGGCUGCUCGACGACUCCUGGGCCUCGCGUUGCUGUGCAUCUCUGUCGUUGUAGCUCAAGAAGAAGAAGAAGCAGGUCCUCUCCCUAGCUCAUGGCCUCAUGACUAUCCUGGCAAGCCUUCGGGCGACUAUAGUCCAGCGUGGCAAAACUACUUCCGGGUCCAAAACCCAGUCCCUGGGGUGCCAUUCCCGCUCUCUCGCAGCUACGCUGGCAAUCUGCCCAACGGCCCCAUAAGAAUUCAAUCGGACGGCUCUUUGGUCAAGAACCGACAUAGUUGGGACAAGCUAUCUGACAUGUUCUGGAUCGACCAGCCAGUUGGCGUUGGUUAUUCAACAGCUGACGCUGAUGGAUACGUUCCAGACCAGGACCAAAUCGGCCGUGAUUUCAUUGGUUUCCUCGGUAAUCUAGUCAAAGUUUUCCCGGCCCUUAAGACGCGUCCUUUGGUCCUCGCAGGUGAAAGUUAUGCGGGGAUGUACAUUCCAUAUAUCCUCAAGACAUACUUCGCCACUCCCAACCCACCUGUGCAAGUCAGCAAGAUCCUUAUUGGUGAUGGAACCAUUACAUCCGGCCAGGUCUCCAACCUUCUCCCAACCUUGAGCGUGGUUGAAACCUUCCCGCAACUGAUUGGCUACGACCCCGAAGUCUAUCUUUACCUCAAAGAACAGCAUGAACUGUGCGGUUAUAACAUCGAACUCCAUUACCCGGAGACCGGCGUCCUUCCAGACAUUCCGUUGAUUCAACCUAGAGAUCGCGAAAUUCCCUACUACGCCUCGAUGACGCACCAUCACAAGACAUUCUUCACAGCUCUUAAACGCCGCCACCUCGAAGAGUCCAGCCGCCUACAAAAGCGCGACCGUGAGAUUCGCCGCGAAGCGUGGAAGAGGGACCUCUCCGAGCGUGUUAACGGUACCAUCGAUCCUUGGUAUGGUUGCUUCACCUGGGACUUUGUGUUCGACUAUGCCCUCAACUACACUUAUCCGUGGAAUGAAAUUGAGGAUAUGGAUGUUUACGAUGUCCCUAAUGCUCUCAGCCCUCCACCUGAAACUGACGCUAGCCCAUUUUUGAAUGAUCCUGCUGUCCGAGCUGCACUUCACGCUCCCGCUAGCAAAGAUUGGGCACUUCACUUCCCAUUCCCUUUCGGUUCCUUAGGCAGAAUCGAUCCCAGCCCCUUCCCCAUCAACUUCAUGACAGAACUUGCCACGAACGCCACAGCUCAAGACAUCCGGAUAGUCCUGGUUUCAGGAAACAACGAUUUCCUUCUUCCUCAUCUCGGAACAGAGCUGGCCAUUCAAAACACGACGUUUGGCGGAAUUCAAGGAUUCACGAGGAAACCCGCCACUCCCUGGACCGAUGACGAAGGCAAGUUCGCCGGAAUCGUCCAUCAAGAGAGAGGGUGGACAUAUGCCCUGUUCUACGGUGCAGGGCAUCUCAUCCCUGCAAACGCUCCUAAAGCAGCAUACAAAUUCUUCCGAGAAUUCGUCCUCGGAAGCAACUCACUAGGCAAGGUGAUCCAGACGCCUGGUGGUGGAAGCGGUGUCAUCGGUGGAAGCGACCCCGCUUUGGAAGGGAAGAACCUCCCUGCUGGGCCUGAAAUUUACAUGGGCGAGGGCGCCACGCAGUCAACUCAUGUCUGGCCUGAAGCAACAAGGGCGGCAUGGCAGUCGUUUAUCCUCACGGAGACGGCUACCACGCCCGCUGCCGCCCCUACAUCGACUAGCUCGAGUAGAGUUCGUCCUACCCGGCGUCGGUAG